GUCUUUUGUUCCACUUCCAUCUUCCGAAUUCGCAAGUAACGAGGAGGACGAGGAUUGGAAAGUCACAAAGACCCAUUUUCCUACGACACGAAUAUCAACUCAAGUUCACGCUCGAACUCCUUGGUUCUUGCCAACAUCAAGCACCCAUCUAGAACACUCAAGAUCGCCUUUGACAUCGAACGCAACCAUCCAGACGCUCGGCGAUCACGAACUUUCAACAAAACACCUAUUCCCGAACUUUGAACGCGACCAAUAGCGCGUUCAUCUCAGGCCUGAAUCAUGCCUGGUCUUUCAGACUUCAAAUUCAACUACAUCGGCAGGGAGCCUGGUCUACUCAGCCGCUUCUCCGAUGCGCCAGCAGGCGACGCAACGUACGAUGAGGAUCCCAUGAACGGGAUGGACGUCGAGGACAGCAACACGCCAGCAACGUCUGGCUCCCAAGCAGAUGCCACGCAUAUAGCCGGCGCUGAGGCGAACGCAUUCGCACCUCCCGAUAUACCCAACAGGAGGAGGUCGCUACUCGAGCGAAUUGAUGGCUAUACGUCCGUCGCCAACGGCGUGGCCGAUCGAUUCACGAACAACACUACUUCUUCUCCUCGACCCGCUGCCUCGACCUCUACUGCGAUCAACACUGCAUCCACUUCGCUCUUCCGCAAUACGCCCGUGCCUCCUCCUUUUUCUUUCCCAGAAUCGACCUCAAACGUCAGCGCCCUCUCCAACACAAGCGAGAACCUCCAACUUCACUAUCCGCCUUCCGUCCAACCCUCCCCAUCCCGCGACGGGGCCCCGAUAACCGGGGCCUCCUUUUCUUCCGCCUCACAAACCCAAACAAACAACACCACCUCCAACCGCACGCUCGCUGAUAUACACGAGCUGCGCACCCGCAUGUCCACCACCCUCUCUUCCCUCUCCACCCCCACAUCCACCUCUACUUCCUCUGCCCUCACCAUCGCCGAAGACGCCGCGUCUCGCGCAUCGAAGGCCCGUGACGACGCCCGCGGCGCGCACAAGGCCUCCCAAUCCGCCCUGUCCGAGGCGAAGACGAACGUGAUCACCGCGCGAGCGGCGCUCGAGACGGCGGAGCGCGCGUGCUGCGCGGUCGAGGCGGCGGUCGAGGCGGCGUACGCAGCGACGCAGACGAGCGAGGAUGCGCAGCGGCGGGCAGCGGAGGCGGUGGAGGUGGUGAGGAGGAUGGGGGAGGAACAAGAGAGGUGGAAGAAGGAGGUGGAGGCGCUGCAGGGGGAUUUGGCGAGGUUGGAUGGGAGGCUGAGGGUGUUGGGGGAGGGCGGUGGAGGAAACGGGGAUCCCGGAGUGCCGAUGGAGGUUGAUGGCGAAUCUGCGCGAGUCGGCGAGGCGUCGGGUGCGCAUGCCAUCAGUCAUGGGCAGCAGUUGCAACAUACUUCCAACGGUUCGACGUCACGAUCCGUCAACCGUAUGUCGUCCACGCAAGACUUGUCGGCCCUCGCGCAGGGGAUUCCGCAGCACUUCCCGCAGAUCAAGCCGAACUCGAACUCGAGCGCGCAACCGGCUCCUCAGGUUAGUGGAGGCGGUCCUGACGCCAACAACGGCGGCCAUCGUGCAGGUGGAGACGGCGCUCGAGCCAGCGGAGACGAAAGCGGAGUCCAGCUCAACGGCACCGGCGCGUCGUUCACGUCAGCACACAGCCCACAGCCACCAUCGACCACGGGGACUCAGCCGUCGCAGCCCUCGUCGACUCAACCACAGCCGACCUCGUCGACUCAAUCAUCGCAUCCUACGACAUCGUUGCAGCAGCCCGGGAUGGCGUCCUUGAUGCCGGGGCGGCUUCCGUUGCACCCAUCUGAAUCUCAGUCGCAGCCAUCUCCGAACCAGCUGGACGCGGCGUCGUCGACCCUGCCUACGUCCUCGUCUCCGACCGCGCAACUGUCGCCGAUUGCCAUGCUGGGCUCUUUCCUCUCCGCUGGGCCCUCCUCGAGUCUGACCGACCACGCGAGCUUCUCGACGCUCGGUAGCUCCGCGGGCCUCUCAAUGCUGGGCAACUCAGCUCUCGCUGCCGAGGCCGUGCGACGUGAAGCGUUCGAGUACAUACGACGUGCGCAGGCCGUGAAGGCCUCCGGAGCACAAGCGCAGCCAUCGGGGUCGACCGCGCAAGAACUGACGGCGUCUGCCCAGCAGUAUCAUCAGGCGCAGCAGCGACAGCAGGCUGAGGCGGCGGCAAGGGAGGCGGAGGCGGCGGCGAGGGAAGCGGAGGCGGCAGAGAGGGAAGCGGACGUAGCGGCAAAGGAGGCGCAAGCGUCGAAGGACGCAUUGGCGGCGCGGCUCGCUGCGGAGAAGGAAAAGGCGAUGAAGCUGGCGGCGGAGCAGGAGCGAGCGCGUGUAGCGGAGAAGGAGAAGGAGCAGGCGCGGGCAAUCGCCGCGCAGGAAGAGAGGAUGCGCGAACUGGCUGCGAAGGCGGCGGUGCUGAAGGAGGAGCAGGCGAGGCUUGCGGCCGAGGCAGCUGCACGAAAGGAAGCUGCCGAGCGUGCGGAGGCGGAGAAGCGCGCGGAGGAGGAAGUGAAGCAGCGAGCUGAGGCUGAAGCGAACCAACAAGCAGAGCUCGAGGCGAAGCAGCGUGCGGAGGAGGAGCACCGUGCGGAGCUGAUACGCAAGCAGGAUGAAAUGCGCCUGAAGAUCUUGCACGACAAGGAGGUUGCGAACCUGAAGACCGCGGCGGAGAUCCGUGCCCGGCGCGCGAUGGCGUCCGCCAGCCCGCCAGCGCCCGCUUCGGCUAUGGACUUCAAGAUGGGCUCACCCGCCCCUUCGACGCCGACAACACAGGCGCCUCCGAGCAUAUCGUCGGGCAGCGCGACGUCGUUGAAGACGAAUCAUAACGCGACGCCGUCGACGGGGAACUACGUUGCUCAGCAGACGCUCGUGCCCACAGGCAGCGCGACGAAGAAAAAGGACAAGGGGAAGGCGAAGCCUCUGUCGGGCAACGUGAAGCUCGGUGUGCCUGACGACGUUGUGCGCGCAGCGGAGCUGGGUCUGCGUCCGAGGAAUACGUCGGGCGAGGGGUCGUCUGCGGCUCAGACCUCGACGUCGAAGAUGCCAACGAAGCCGUACGUGGAGGUCCCGCCAAUGAAGAAGGGGUCAGCGUCGGCGUCGGCGUCGACAAGCGCAUCGGCUGGUUUGGAGAGGGUCAAAAGCGAGUCGAAGGGUCCGGGAACACCGAGGGUCAAGCAGGAGGGUGUCGAGUCGCCGCUUGCGGGGUCCAGUUCGUCCGUCAAGCCGUCGCUUGAGGAGAAGAUGCCGGCGCCAGCGCUGCCUGCCAAGAAUAACAACAAAGCAAAGCGAACGCAACAACAACAGCAACGGCAGCAGCAGUUGGCGUCGACAUCUCAGUCGCAGCCCGCGGCCUCUGUUUCGACGCCAUCGGCUCCAGCUCACCCUGCGUCCACGCGCCCUGCGGCUGUCAAUGCAUCCCAGGAGCAUCAGAGGCAACCCUCGGCAGCAUCGACGGCGUCGCAUGCGGGACUUGCUGCCCCGCCUAAACCGACGGAUCGUCGGAGGCCUCAGACAAAGCCGGCUACAACUGCGCAGCCCUCGGCGCCUCCCACUGCUACCAGAUUCGAACGCGUGCGUCAACAGCAACUAGCUGUGCCACAAUCAACAUCGGCUCGAGGACCGCGAACGCCUCCGCUACCGCCGCCAUCCAUGUCUACGUCGAUAGCGCCUGCAAGCUAUGAUAGAUCCCAUUCGCCGGAAUACUCGCGCUCGCGCGUCAAUUUGAGGGCGAGCAACUAUCAGCCAGCGUCGCCAUCUAGAGGUUACCAGAUCAGUCCGCCUGUCAGUCCGCGCGCGCUGGAUUCUGAUCGGCGGUAUCGUCCUGCUGGCGGCGACUACUUCGAUCGCUUGGACGCCUACGACUCGCGCACGUACGGUUCUGGGCCAUCGGCUUCUGACUACCAUGCGGCAGGUCAGAAGCGCCCGCGCGAUGUUGACUUUGACGAGCGCCCGGCCCAGCGCGUGCGCACGGAAAGUGGCAGUCGACCGUACCAGAGCAGCCAUUGGUCGCCGGAUCCCCCGUCCCCCAACAGCCCUUACGCGCAGCCCUCAACCUCGUACAGGAGGAACAGCGGUUCUUUCGCCCAGCCGGAAACCGUGUAUGACAGGGCUGCAGCCGACGCGCUGCGGGGUCCGUAUGAUCCUAUGUCGCCGACCUACGGCGAUCCCUACGACGCUGAUCACUCCUAUGACUACGCAGACCGUGGCUACGACACCAGCUAUGGGAGCGACCCUAGUGGUAUGAUGCAGUACAACCCGGAGUACAAGUCAGCCGCCAAACAGCCAGCCGCGUCGGGCAGCAAGGGGUCGUUGCGGGACCGACUGGGCGACCCCGCGCCGGCAAAGCAGGGCAAGGGCCGUGGUGGACAUAACACCAGUAGCCGCGGCAAGGGGCGCGGCGGGGGCAAGGCGAGCCUCAGCAGCCGUAUCCAGGGCGGCGCGACUUCUCUGCUCGACCGCAUGACGUAGGGUGCGUCGCCUGGCACGAUGAUACUCCUCUUGUAGCUAUCGAGACUGGGUACGUUUUGCUAACUUUGACAGCGUAGGUAUCAAGCGUACUUGGCUCAUGUUAUGAUUUUCGACGUGUACAUCAUGUUUCCUGUAAUAUGACCUCGUCUAUGCCAAUAUGAACAUGUUCUCGCCUUCGUCUCGUCCUACAUAAGAGUAUUUGCGAAGGCCAGCAUCAAGAGGGUAUCGUCUCGUCAAUGGCAACGCCUUCAUCGGACACGUCAACAC